AUGUUGUUCUCCUCAUCAUCAACGAUAGGCAGCACACAAACACUACUGACUCCAAUCAUACCGUGUGCAGGUGCUGCACUUACUGGACUUCAGGGAACUACGGUUGGGGGCUUCUCUGGCCAAGGUGAAGGUCCAGACACGCUAGACGCUCCGGUUAAUGUUGCACUGACAGCAGCACUAGUUUACAUAGUUGACACCGAUAAUCAUCGUGUUAUGAUGUACACGCCACCUGCUCGCACUGGCGUAAUAGUAGCUGGAAACGGAAAUGCAGGUGUGGAACCAGCUGCGAUCAACACUCCCUACGAUGCAGUUAUACUAAGUGCGAAUAGUCAUAUAUUAGUGUGUGAGAAAAAUAAUUCAAUUAUCUCUGAGUGGAUCAAUGAUGCAUAUGUGCAAACAGUGUUUGGACAGUCCGGCAAUAGUGGAAAUACGAUAGCUCUAUUAAAUAAUCCACAGGGUCUCUAUCUGAAAGACCCUGAUCAGCUGUAUAUCUUGGAUAGCGGAAACUCUCGGGUAUUGCUGUUUGAUUCGACAACGAAUGUGACUACCGAGCUAAUAAGUGACGGUCAUCAAAUUAAAAUGUGGCCUGCAUCCACUUUGUACUCAGCAUACACAGUGGUCGGCAUUGGUUUAACUGAUAUUAAAGGUAUCUGUGGUGAUCAAAUCAGUGGCUUUUACUACGUUGUUGAUGGAAGUGCAAACUGUGUUAAACGUUUUGUUGUCGAUGGACCAGAGAGCUAUGGUACUCUGCUUGCUGGACAGUGUGGAUCGGCAGGUGCUAAGACAGACUUUACAUUGAAUAAUCCUAAUGGAUGUGCGGUAACAGCGGACGGAGGCCUGUUGAAUGUUGCUGACACUGGUAAUAGCAGAGUACAACAGUAUGACUUAACGUUAUGUAACUGA